CACACACACGCACACACACGCACACAGAGAGAGAGGGAGAGAGAAAUAUUGAAGUGAAAACAGUCCGGUGACGUAACUGGUUAAGGAAGUGGUAGGAAAACAGGUAGUCCCCAAACAUUUCUAUUAACCACAGGCCUGCUCCAUCAGCCAAUCAGAAACUGACCCUGAUGACAAAGUUUUGCGGAUGUUUAUCACACACACACACACACACACACACACACUAAACAGGAUGAGUCCCUAACUGAACACCUACAAAGUGAGUGUGUAAUAACGGGCAGGAAGUGUUUAAUGCUCCUGUAGUCGUCUCUGUAUAUUGAUGGAUGGGGUUGUGGGGUGCCAAUACUUUAUGCAGCGCUACAGAUGGAUCUGUCUGGUUGAUGGACCUGAUAAAAUGGAAGUGUGAAGAUGCAGCACACCUCGUGCACAGAGGAUCGGAUCCAGCACGCUUUGGAUCGCUGCCUCGACGGCCUCCGAACAUCCGAAUGCCUCUCUCAGUCCUGGAACACCGGAUGGUGUAUGAACCGCUGGAGUUUGGAGGAACUCUUGAAGAGAGAUCCGGAGAACUUCCUCAUCCUCCUGCAGCAGAUUCUCAAGAGAGCAAGACAGGUGCAGGAGGAGUGUGAGUAUGAGUUGGUGGCUCCUCUCACCAUCAUGUUUGAGUCCACACUUCUACAGACUCCCUACUGUCCAACAGAGUGUGACCUCCUGGUAGAAGCGCGUGAAGUGUUCCAUGCUUUCCUUACGUGGCCUGAACCGUACAGCAGUGUGUGUCACAGUGUUCUAACAACUAUACAGCAGGAGCUGAGGGCACCGGGGAUUUCGUACCACAGGUUGGUGAAAGAGGAACAGGGCAUCACUGCUGAGCGUCAGCGCGGCAAAACCAUUACGGUGUUGCUGCUGAACCCAGCUGAUGUCCCCCAGACGUUUCUGUCUGUCGUUCAGCAGCUCAGCGCCAUCGACGUGUCGCAGAGAGAGAUCGGGAUUAAUCUCAUUAAACACGCCUUUCAGUGCAACCUGGGCACAAAAUAUCACACACACACUCUACACCUCGCACUGCAGUCUCUCAGUGAUGAUGUACUGUCUCACACACUGUCGUGUGUAUCAGCGGUCUUAGAGACUGCGGCGGCCAUGACAGACACCAACGCUGCUCGAGCUCAUGUACUGAAAGGCCUGGAGGAAGUGCGGGAAAAACUCAAUAUCCCAGCAUGCAACAGCACGACGUCAAACGGGAUGCUGCAGUUUCUGAAGUUACCUACAGCUAAGUGCUACACGAUCCACUGGGACACUGAUAAUUUUGACGUCCUGAGUGAGUUUCUGGAGUCCGAGCCUGACCUCGCCUCGCUCUUCUCUGAAACUCAAACGGAGGAGGAUGAGGUUGAUGAAGAGGAUGCAGAUGAAGAAGAGGAAGAAGACGAGGAGGUGGAGAUGGAGCGGUACGAGACGGAGGACUGCCUGGACCCGCGGGCGUCCAUGUUCUCCACCACGUCCUCUCUGUCCACUGCAUCCAAGGACUCCAUGUUGUCCACGUCGUCUGACUUCUCUCCGGUCUCCACUCUGUCGUCGUCUUCUCAGGCUUCUGGCACUGACAGUGACUUCUGCGAGGACAUUGAGGAGGAUCCACACGUCCUGAUGCCGAAAGGCAAAAAUAAAAACGGCACCGGACUUUCCAAGCGUCUCUCACGCCUGUUUAAACCGCGAGGACAUUCUCUCUGCCGCGCUAAGAGUCUGGGGAACACGGACUGUAAAGAUAAGAAGGACUUUCUGCCCGCUGCUCGCUCCAAGCGCUCCAACUCCAUGCCGCAGCAGGUGCUGACGCUCACGGUGGAGCCGGCGCAGAGCGAGAGCGCGGCCAUGAAGCCGGUGUGCUACAGGAAGCGUCCCAUCCUCAGCAGCGAUGAAGACGAGGACAGGGGCACGGUGCUGAUCAGGGUGAUGGUGUUCGGGGCCGAUUACGUGGCGGGGAAACUGGCGAGGGCGUAUAACAGCCUGAGGAAGAGAGAAAAACUUUCACCACGACUCACUAAAUACUGCAGGAUGAAGUUCUUCUUUGUUCCUGUGAAGAGAGAUCAGAUAGCAAACGGAGGAGUGAGUCAGAUCAGCGCAAGUCCACUCAAAAGUGCACAGGACGUGAGCACGGAUGUUUAUGAGUACAGCACCAACAACAUCGCUCACCUUCUGGGCAUGCUGGACCCGUGGUACGAGAGAAACACACUCUGUCUACUCGACCUGCCGCUGCACGUGGUGUGUCAGCAGACAUCCAAGUCAGAUUCGGAGUCUGUGGAGGACUCAGUAGAGGAGUGUUUACCCAUCAUGGCUGACUUGCUGCUGUAUUACUGCAGAAACGCAGCUCGACCUGCACUGAUCCAGCUGUACCAGGCUGAGCUGACGCUGGCCGGAGGAGAGACGAGAACGGAAGUGUUCAUCCACUCGCUGGAGCUCGGACACACGGCAGCCACCAGAGCCAUCAAAGCCAUGGGAGCUGCGAGUAAGAGGUUUGGUAUUGAUGGAGAUCGGGAGGCGGUGCCACUCUCACUCGAGGUCGUUUAUAAUCAGGUGGUCAUCAGUGGGCGGAGUCAGAAGACGAGGGUGGAGAAAGUGUGCACCUCGAUUAACCUGACUAAAGUGUGCAGGACUCUGGAGGAACUUGAUCCUAAAAUGGAGUUCCUGCAGCUGACCAUGACGGAGGUUUUAAAGAGGCAGAACUCCAAAACGAAAAGAAGCUACAAUCAGCAGCUGAGCGUAACUCAGGUGAAGGUGGACAGGUUUCGGGUCUGUGGUUCUGGAAACACGACGUUUGCUGUGUGUUUGGAUCAGGACGAGAAAAAGAUUUUACAGAGUGUCACCCGGUGUGAGGUGUCAGUGUGUUAUAAGCCAGACGGCUGUUCUGAUUGGCUGAAGGUGAGAGCUCUGUCCAGUCAGAUGGAGCAAACAUUCUGCUCUCUGCUCUGUUACCCAUCUCCACCUUCAGUGGGCCCCAACCAUGAACCUCACCCAGAACCUAUGGACCCCAGCCACCAACCUCUGAAUCCCAACCACCACCACCAACCUCUGAACCCCAACCACCAACCUCUGGACCCCAACCACCAACCUCUGAACCCCAACCCCCACCACCAACCUCUGAACCUGAACCCCCACCACCACCAACCUCUGGACCCCCCACCACCACCACCAACCUCUGGACCAACACCACCAACCUCUGGACCCCCACCACCACCAACCUCUGGACCCCCACCACCACCAACCUCUGGACCCCAACCACCACCAACCACUGAACCCCAACCACCACCCUCUGGACCCCCACCACCACCAACCUCUGGACCCCAACCGACCACCACCCUCUGAACCCCACCCUAAACUUUAGUCAUAAACUUUAUUAAUCUUUAAUAAAUUUCUUCAGCUCAGGGUAAAAUCACUGUAACUGCCCAUAGAAAUGUUAUGACUGCAGACCGUCUCUACAGCACUGACACUCUAAAGUUUUGCACCAGAAAGUACUGUAUAUUGUUUAUUUUAAACUUUAUUCUAGUUAAAUUGAUGUUUAAUCAGCGUUAUGUGUAAUUAUAGUGUAUAUUAUAAUGAUAAAAACUAAAUCAGUGCCAUUUUCCGGCCUGCUGAAGCUUAAAGAGCGAUUCUCUCUG